AGAAGAGAAAAUUUUAAAAAUAUAAAUAAAUACGAGAGAAGAAUUAGACAAAUAGUUUCGACCUGUUAGAAAACGUGUCGUUCUCAUCUCGCGUUUAAUUUGCUUGUAUGCGGCGUUUUAAGAAACUUACAAAGAGUCACAGCGUGACAGAGGCCGAUACAGCGGUGGCUGAGAAUGAGAAUGGUAGCAGCGCCAUUCGCGUUCGGGAGACAACAAGCAUGGCGAACGAGACUUUACUGAACCUGGAGAUCUUUAAGCACUUUGAUAAAUCGGGCAGGAGUGAAUUUGUGAAAUACAUAAAACAGCAGCUGCAGGAUAAGCCAGAUAGUCCCGUCUUUGAUUGCAAUGGCGCAUUUAAACAGGGCAUUUCGAAUGCCAUCUACGAGUUGCUCUGGCAGGCGUUACGGUUCAAGCUCAAAAAGGAUAGCGUCCUGCACGUUCUUACCGACGUUGUGGCAUUGCAUAAGGAAUUUCCAAGUCUCAUACUGGACAUCAUUAAUAUACUGGAUAGCGAAACAUCACUUAUGACAGAGGGCCUGCAGGAGGAGCGACAUUGCUUCGUGCAAAUAGUCAAGGACUUGGACAAGGUGGUGCCGGAGAGCUUGCUUAAGGAGCGCCUGGAGAUUGACACGCUGCAGGAGGUGGGCAUUGUGAAGAACAAGAGCUUCUACACAAAAUUCAUCAAGGUCAAGACCAAGUUAUACUACAAGCAGCGUCGCUUCAAUUUGUUCCGUGAGGAGAGCGAGGGCUUCGCCAAGCUCAUAACGGAGCUAAAUCAGGACUUUGAAAAACACACAACCCCAGACAGCAUUAUGGACAUAAUCAAGUCAUUAAUAGGCUGUUUCAAUUUGGAUCCCAAUCGUGUGCUUGAUAUUAUUAUUGAGUCCUUUGAAACGCGUCCUGACCGCUGGCAGCUUUUCAUACCAUUAUUGCGAAGCUACAUGCCAGCUGGUGCCAUCAUUUGUGAAGUGCUAGGUUAUAAAUUUUGCCAUUUUAAGGCCUCAAGAACGCCGCGUUCCCUUUUCCAUGUCUGCUCGCUGCUCCUCAAACACGGCGUCAUUGAACUGAACGAUGUAUACUCAUGGCUCACUCCUAGCGAUGCGAGCAUCAAAUCAGAUUGGGAAGCUGAAAUCGUAGAUGCCAAAGAAAUGGUGCGGAAACUUAAUUUGAUAUCGACCAAUAAAAAGGAAGAUGAUAAGGAGACACAAGCACCGCCGUCGGUCAAGAAAUUCGAUGAGGAGAAGUACAAUGCCAAUCAAAAGUUUGGGCUGUGUGAGGCAUUGCUGAAAGUUGGCGACUGGGAAAAUGCAUAUAAAAUCAUACAAAAACUGCCAGAACAAGCGAUUGUGGUGCAGGAGCCUAUUGCACGCGCCAUUGCCGAACUUAUACAUUUGUCUGUGGAGCAAGUGUACUAUAAGAAAUGCUUUAAAGCCCCCGCCGGUCGUAAGCCUAGUCGCAGCCGUCUAUACGACGAUACCAAGCUGGUAGCUAAGAUGCAAGCCCGCAAUUUCAGCGAUUUACGCAAGUAUACUUGGCCAAUGGCUAAAGUUUUGGGUCCUGCCAUGCACUACGAUACUGUGUUAAUGUACAAAUUGGUACGGAUCAUGGCCACACUCAUUGUGGAUAUGGGCGUGGACAGUUUAAAUGGGCCGCCGCCCAAUUCCGAAGCAGAGCAGCAUUACUAUGACAUUAUGACUGUGCUGGACUCCAGCAUUCUACCCUCACUAUUAUAUUUGGACCACAAUUGUUCCAUGUCUGAGGAAAUUUGGGCUGUGCUCAAAUAUUUUCCAUAUCAUUUUCGGUACAGCUUGUAUGCGCGAUGGAAGAACGACAGCUAUUUGCUUCAUCCCAAUUUAAUAAGACGUUGUGGGCUGGCACAGCGGGACAUCAAAGCCCUGAUGAAGCGCGUGAGUAAGGAAAAUGUUAAGCAGUUGGGCAGACUCGUGGGCAAAUACAGCCAUUGUGCUCCCGGUCUCUUAUUUGACUAUAUUCUAUUGCAAAUACAAAUUUAUGACAAUCUCAUUGGACCUGUUUGUGACAUGCUCAAGUAUUUGACGGCGUUGUCAUUCGACUGUUUGGGUUAUUGCAUUAUAGAAUCACUGACGAUGACGGAACGCAUGCGUUUCAAGGACGAUGGAACUUCGUUGUCGCUUUGGUUGCAGAGUUUGGCCUCUUUCUGUGGCACUAUAUAUAAAAAGUACAGCAUUGAGCUGAGCGGUUUGCUGCAAUAUGUCGCCAAUCAGUUGAAGUCGCAAAAGAGCCUCGACUUGCUGAUAUUGCGUGAAAUUGUGCAUAAAAUGGCUGGUGUGGAAUCUGCUGAGGAGAUGACCAACGACCAGUUGCAGGCCAUGUGCGGUGGCGAGCAGUUGCGGGGAGAGGCCGGCUAUUUUAGUCAGGUGCGCAAUACUAAAAAAUCAUCAAAUCGCCUAAAGGAGGCCUUAGCGAACAAUGAUCUCGCCGUUGCGAUUUGCUUGCUGAUGGCGCAACAAAAGCAUUGUGUUAUCUAUCGUGAAACUGCAGCGCAUAGUCAUCUUAAACUCGUGGGUAAUCUUUACGACCAGUGCCAGGAUACUUUGGUGCAGUUUGGCACCUUUCUGGGCUCCACCUAUUCCGUUGACGAAUAUGUCGAACGUUUGCCCUCGAUCAUAACCAUGCUGCGUGAAUAUCACAUUAAUACUGAUGUGGCAUUCUUCUUGGCACGUCCCAUGUUUACUCAUCAGAUCAAUCAAAAAUACGAUCAGCUCCGUAAGGCCGAUCCCAAUGCGAAAAAGUUAACUACAACGCAGAAAAUGCAAAAAUAUCUAGAAGCUACACAGCUCAUAAUGAAUCCGAUUGUGGAAUCUGUACGGCCAUUGCACAGCUCCAAAGUAUGGGAGGACAUCAGUCCUCAGUUCUUGGUUACCUUCUGGAGCCUAAGUAUGUACGAUCUGCACGUGCCAAAUGAAAGUUAUCAGCGCGAAAUUGGCAAACUGAAGCAGUUGUCGCAACAGGCCGCAGAAGGCAAGGACUCGAAUCAAUCCAAAAACAAAAAGGAACAGGAACGUUAUAUUGCGUUGAUGGAGAAACUGAAUGAUGAACGUAAGAAGCAACACGAGCAUGUAGACAAGAUCUCGCAGCGACUACAGGAGCAAAAGGAUAGCUGGUUCCUGUUGCGGUCAGCCAAAUCAGCCAAGAACGAUACAAUUACGCAAUUUCUUCAACUAUGUCUCUUCCCACGUUGCACUUUUACGGCACUGGAUGCGCUUUAUUGCGCAAAAUUCGUGCACACAAUUCACAAUCUAAAGACUUCAAAUUUUUCCACAUUGCUCUGCUACGAUCGCAUCUUCUGCGACAUUACCUACUCCGUUACUUCGUGCACAGAAGGCGAGGCCACACGUUACGGGCGUUUCCUUUGUGCCAUGCUCGAAACCGUCAUGCGUUGGCAUGCCGAUCAGGCGGUCUUUAACAAAGAAUGCGCAAAUUAUCCUGGUUUUGUUACCAAAUUCCGUGUCAGCAACCAAUUCUCCGAAGCCAACGAUCAUGUCGGUUAUGAGAAUUAUCGCCAUGUCUGCCAUAAAUGGCAUUAUAAAAUUACUAAGGCAAUUGUUUUCUGUCUGGACUCGAAAGAUUUUAUGCAAAUUCGCAAUGCUUUGAUUAUUUUAAUGCGCAUACUGCCACAUUAUCCCGUGCUGGCAAAGUUGGCUCAAAUCAUUGAGCGUAAAGUUGACAAAGUCCGUGAGGAGGAGAAGACGAAACGUCCAGAUCUUUAUGCAAUUGCUUCAAGUUAUAUUGGACAAUUGAAGCAGAAGACCUCGCAAAUGCUAAAGGAGAGUGAUUUCCAUCAGGUGGCCGAACGACCCAAUAAGGAAUCCCCUCCACCACCCAUUGGUACGAUAAAAGGACAGCCCAUUGAGAAAACAACCACCAGCACACCCAUUGCAAAAGGUGCCAAUAGCAGUACGUUUUUAUUUGAGCAGAAGCCUGUGAAACAGGACCUGGAGGUUAAGGCGGCUUCGACACCACGCGUCGAAUCAAAAAGUGUGAAAACGGAGUCAGCAUCACCUCCAGUAUCAUCUGGCAAGUCUGGAAAUGAACGUGAGAUUAAGCAUACUGUGCGCGAUGGCAGCAACAGAGAAUCGUCGAGUCGUCCAGAAGAGCAGCAGCAGCAGCAACAACAACCCACCAAUAACAUCAGCACGACCAACAACAGUAAUGGGAACAGUCAGAGCGAGCGGCGCAGUCGGGAAUUGGAGCGCGAUCACGAUCGGCACAGCAGCAUAAGCAGUCAUCGGAGCUCGCGUGAAAUUCGUACGAAAGAGCGUGAUGUGGAGCAAAGGAUGCGGGAGCGACCGGUGCGUUUAGAGGAACUAGAGUCUGCGGCCCAACGCGCCCUAAAGCGUGAGAAGACGAGGCGGGAUGAACGACAUCGUCAAGAUGGAAACUCUGGAGUUGAGACUGUGGAUUUGGUGGGCAGUGUAGGCAACGAACAUCGAAGCUAUGAAGAAUACGACGGACGUACCAGAGACCGAGAUUUAAGUUCAGUUUCCAAUGAAAGCAACGGCUCGUUGCAGCACCGGCGAGAAGAAUAUGAAAAAGAUUCUAAGCGCCGUAAAUUGGAAUCAUCAUCGAGCAGUUCAAAGAAGGUCGAAGAACUCGUAGAUAGCGUAAAGAAAGCACGGGGCCUCAAAACAAAGGAGCGCAACAAGGACAAAUUGUCUGAUGAAGAGCGAGAUGCGCGCAAGGAUCGUAAAUUGGGACGCAAGCGAGACCGAAAUGAGGAGUCAAAUAGCGGCGAACACAAACGCAGACGUGAAGCACAAAAUGGUGAAGAGGAUUUGCGUGAGCGCGAGAGGCACAGGGAGAAAUCGCCACGCGAGCGUUCGCACGAGAAAUUUGAGAGGGAACGUGGCGGCAGUUCACGAAGCGAUGAACGACAGUACGGGAUUAAGUCAACACGAUCCUCCAGGGCUAACUAUUAGACGUUGUCGUGGCGACUGUUUAGUCUGAGCGCAUUAUAUGAAAUACAAAAGAAAAAUACAUUUUUUAGGGGCUCCAACUAAUAUUUUUAAAACAAAGUGCGAACCUAAUAUCAAUUUUUCAUUUCUAGUUAUUAUUCUAAACAAUUCAAACAACAAAUAUAAAAAAACAACAUUAAGAAAGAAAAAAAACACGCUUAGAAGGUGUUAUAACGAAAAUUGUACAAAGAAUUAUUGUAAAAGAUUUUUCCAGUAAAACAAAAAUAUAGUGUUCAAAAAAUAAAGUUUUAAUGUGCACGUGAA